CUCAGUGGUGCCGCUGUUAUUACAGUAAAAAAUAAAACAUUUGCGAAUAAAAUACUUGCAAAAUUAACAAACAAACAACAAUAAACAAAGUAAAAUAUCUAUUGUUAACUCAUAAAAAACCAAUUAAAAAAAGAUUAUUCAAUUAAUCUAAAAAAAUAACAGAAAUAUUAAAUAAAAACUUGUGUAAUUGUAACCGUUUUAAGCACUAGCACUAGAUAUAUACAGAUAACAAAAAAAUGGCCAACACAGACGAAUAUAACUAUAUAAAUGAUUUUGAAAAUAUUUUGGCUGCUGGAAAUGAACCAAAUAUGACUAAAGAAUAUAAUCCGCUGGUAGCAUAUAAACUUGAAAAAUAUUUAAAUCCUUCACAACUCAAAAAACAUGUUUUGAAUAGUGAAAAAAUCCAACAACUUAUAGAAUACUAUGCCCAAAAACAAAAUGCUACAACCAAAGAAAUUCAACAACAAGUCCAUGAUAUAUUAAAUGAAAUCGGCUUGGACCGCAAUAUGGCGAUAAUAAGAUGGUGUGGCAUAGCCAUAACGGCCAUUGGCAAGCGUAUAUGUAAGGGCAUCUAUGUUAAUAAGGCUAGUAUGGAUAAGGUUAAACAGGGUUUGGGAAAGAAUCCGGUGCUGUAUUUACCUAGCCAUCGAAGUUAUAUGGACUUUAUAUUAAUGUCCUAUAUAUGUUUUCAUUAUGACAUCGAAAUACCAGGCAUUGCGGCGGGCAUGGAUUUCCAUUCAAUGUUUGCCAUGGGCACUAUGUUGCGAAAAACUGGUGCCUUUUUUAUGCGACGUUCAUUUUCUAAUGAUGAACUUUACUGGGAUGUAUUUCGUGAAUAUAUGUAUGCCCUGGUGGCGGCUUAUCACAUUGGCGUUGAGUUUUUCAUAGAAGGAACACGUAGUCGCAAUUUUAAAGCUUUAGUACCAAAAAUUGGUUUAUUAUCGAUGGCUUUAUUGCCAUAUUUUACGGGCGAAGUGUCUGAUAUUACAAUAGUACCUGUAAGCGUAUCCUAUGAACGGGUACUGGAGGAACAAUUAUUUGUCUAUGAACUGUUGGGCGUGCCCAAACCUAAAGAGUCGACUAAGGGAUUCUUUAAAGCUUUAAAAAUUAUUGAUGAACGUUUUGGUAAAAUGUAUUUAGAUUUUGGAGAACCCAUAUCUGUAAAAGAUUUUAUGGGCGAAACUUGUGGCUCGGAUCGCAUGAAAAGGGCAGUGAUUGGAGCACAUUUGCAAAAGUUAAAUAAGAAAGAAAUUGACCUAGUAAAAAGUCUUGCAACAGAGAUUAUUUACCAACAACAAAGACGCAUUGUUAUAACCACAUUUAAUUUAGUUUGUUUAUUUUAUGCCAGUCAAUACUACAAUGAAAUAUCCGUCAACUUGGAUGAACUUUCACGUGGUAUACUAUUGCUGAAGGAAAUGUUUGAGGGAUUGGGUGCCCAUGUGGCCACCGAUAUCAAUUGCAUUAAGCCUGAAAUAAUGGAAACUGUUGAGAUUCAUUCCAAUAUUUUGCAUUUCAAACAGGGACGUCUCGAAAUCACACAGGUUCCAGCAGAUCAAUUAGCUCAGGAAAUUGAUUUGAAACGCUUGAAAGCUCAUAGCUUAUCACCUCGUACCAUGGCUGUAGCAGUACCUAGCAUGACUUUGCAACUGUAUAUAAAUCCGUGUUUGUUUUGGUUAGCACGACCUGGCUAUUUAAUUGUCGCUGCUCUGCAGCUAGAAAAUGAACAAGCUACAAGUGAUGCACCUUCCACCUAUGAUGAAUUAGUUGCUAAAUUAUGUCAGCGAGUAGAUGAAUUAGAUAAUAUUUUCAAGCAUGAAUUUAUUAUCGAAUCAAAUCGGGAAAAGGAGGAAUUUAAAAGAAAUUUAUCAUUCUUGGAACGUCAUGGUAUUUUAAAAAUUUCUUUGGGCAAUGCCAAAAUCACAGUAAAUCAUAAUAAAUUUAGCCACGUUAUACUAUCAGCCAUUGCACCUUUCCUAUGUGUUUACUAUCAGCUAGCAGUCACUCUCAAUAAAAUGUUACCCGCCGACAACUUAGAAGAAGUUCCAAUUAAAAAUAUUUUAAAAGUAAUGCAACAACGCAUCGAAACCAUUUUAAAUACAUCAAACACUAGUCAAUUACUACAUGUACAUCCCUAUUGCCUAGCAUUGGAUAAUUUAAAUAUUGCAAUACACGCCCUAGUGCAAGGAUCCUAUUUAGAACGUAAUCGUGAAACCGGCAAUCUAAAGAAAACUUCUUCCAAACUUAACGAUUUGGAAAGGCUGCUAUUGGGCUAUUGCAAUUUAAUGCCAUUCAAACGUUAUUAUUAUUGUAAUAAGCUAACAUCAAAGUUAUAACUACAUUCAGUGGAUGAUGCCGCCGAACAGAAAUCAAUUCCAAAUACUUUUAAACAUAAUGUUAAAAAGAAAAUUCAUUCAUUGCUCACAUACACUCGUAUUCUAGGAACAUUAAUAGUCAUUGUUGUGGUUAUGCCCAUUAUACAUUUAGUUUUAAGAUAUUUAAAUUUAUAAUUAGCUAAUACAAGGUUUUUAUAUUUUAUUCUUUGUCUGUUUAUUUAUUUAUUUUGUAAUUUUUCUUUGGUUUGAAUUAAUUCAAAGGUAUUUUAAGCAUUAUUUUGCCAUAAUAUUAGUGAUUAGAUUUUAAAUUUUAUAAAAUAGUAUAAAAUUUUUGGUGUAUUUUUUACGCGCAUAGCAUUCCCUAGUUAAGAUUUAAUUAAACACAAUUUUAAGGUAUUUAUAACAAAUUAUAACGAUAACAAUAAGUAUGCUAUUGUGUUUUCAGUAAAUGAGAACUUAAACAUGUAAAACUUAAAAAUUCGCACGUGAAAUUGUCCUAAAGAAGUUAAAUAUCAAUGAUAAUUUCGUUAACCAUGCAUUAACUCCUUUUUUAACAUUGAUAAUUUUCAGCAUUCCCCCUUAACUAUGUUAAAACUGUCAUUUUAUUGAAAUUAAAAGAAAAUUUGUUGCUAAAAUUUAAAAAACAUUCCUAAAUUUUUAAUUAUGUAUAAAAAAUAACAUAUUUCUUUUCUUCUCAUUAUCUAACUAAACACAUUUUUCAUAUUUAAACAAAAAAAAUGCAAUAAAAAUUACAACAAUUUUAUUUUUAUUUAAGUAAUGCCAAUUUUCAUUAGCUUUAAGCUAUUAAUUUAAAUAAAAAACUCUCUACUUUUAUGUAACU